CCCGCCAAAAAUCGAAAAGAGGAGGAGCGCCGAUCGUGUUUGGGAUCAACAUGGGAGAACUGGAGGUGUAUGUGGCCCUCGAGUGCACGGUCAGACUGUACCUGAGGGCCCCCCAGAGGCCAGUGGAGCACAGAUGCCGCCUCACUCUCGGGAGCAGCAGGGCCCAAAAGCCGGGUCCGAGCUCUUGCGUCCUGACUGUGGAGGGGAAAGCCUGUCAGCGGAGAACUUUCCGGGUGACCAAGGAGAACAUCACAAAGGUGGUGGCUCGACUGGGAGAGGGGUCGAUGACCGUUGUGUUCAAACACGGGUGCUGCGACAGCAUUGUCAUCAAGGAGGUGAUUGACAGGGGCGCCCUCACCCUCUGCCACAAGAUCGUCAGUUCAAUCUGGAUGGGGGUCGGGGAGAUGGGGACAGCUGGUGGAGGAACAACCGAGUGGCUCGGGGCAUCUCCUGUCAGUGGACGCGAGGCCACGACGCAGCCAACUGGUGAAGUCGGACACAGCCUGUCGGCUAGCGGGAAGAGGAAGAUAGAAUUGACUCUGAAAAAGAGGUAUGGAGACACUCGUGGAAGUAGAAUGUUGGAAGCAGCAGCUCAAAAGUCAGCUACAACAUCUUCAUUCUACAAGACUGAAUCGCCAGCUGUGGAGUCCUUCCUCCCGGAAACCCCGCCCUCCUCCAGCCCCCUUUUCCAGAGACCCGCAAGACGCAGUCUGACCCUCGAACUCUCCAACAACAGGCGAGGGGUCGGUGGGACCCCUCCAGACAGAGAUUCGGGGGGCCAGGGGCUCCGUGGUCCCCGGAGGGCGGCAGUUAUGGCGAGAAAGAGGCUUCCUCUGGGAGACAUCUGUGAACAGACAACGGACGGCGUUGCUAGUUCCUCCGAACUGAAAGAUUACCUCACAAUUGAUGAGCCUACCAGCAGGGAAGGGUUUGCCAAUCUGGGUAACACGUGUUACAUGAACGCAGUGCUCCAAGUGCUACUGGGACUGGAGCCCUUUUCUGAAGACUUGCUGAACCAGCAACUUGUAAAACAGGCUGACCCGCAGUCUCUCUGCAGGAUGAUGUACCUGCUGCUCAAGUCCAAGCGAGCCAAGGACAGCUACGACUCCCAGAGGAUCAUUCUCAAGAAGAUCAAGUCUGUCAUUGAGUCAAGUAGACCCAAGUUCUCUGGAUAUCGCCAACAGGUGAUUCAAAACGGAAGGCGUAUAAAUAAACCUUUGGCGACACUUGCAAACACACGUCUUGGAGGUGCUGCUACUUACAGCUCUUUCUCU